AUGGAGACCAAAUUGGACUUCCGACCAGCAGCAAACCCGCCCUGGAGAGAGAAUGAUAGUCCUCACAACGACCGUUCAUCUCAAGACGAUGUCGAGAAACAAUCCAUCCGCGAUCACGCUUCUUUGAAUGCGAUUUCCCCAGAGCAUGCAACACAAGACCCGAACAUUGUCGAUUGGGAGGGCCCUGAAGACUCGGAAAAUCCAAUGAAUUGGUCUUCUGCGAAGAAGAUCACAGCUAUUACCAUAGUUUCCACUCUUUCUUUCUUAUCCCCUCUGGGAUCUACCAUCACCGCGCCUGCGAGUGGAGAAAUCAUGGCGACAUUCCACUCAACAAACGAGACCAUAGCAGUAUUUGUGACUUCCGUCUACCUACUCGGCUACGUCUUCGGACCUCUCGUCCUGGCUCCUCUCUCCGAGUUAUACGGUCGCUCAAUCGUCUACAACACCUGUAAUUUUGGCUUUGUCAUCUGGACUGUUGCUUGUGCUCUUUCAAAUAAUCUGAGUGCUCUGAUUGUUUUUCGCUUUCUCGCUGGCGUUGCUGGGAGUGCUCCACCAACAAUUGGGGCAGGCUCAGUCGCGGACAUGAUUCCAUUACAGAAGAGAGGUAUGGCAAUGAUGGGUUGGAUCAUGGGGCCAGUGCUAGGACCUUCAGUCGGCCCACUGAUUGCUGGAUAUCUUACUCACGCCAAAGGAUGGCGAUGGAAUUUCUGGUUGGUGUCAAUACUCGCUGGUGCAGUGUUCUUAUUAAGUCUGCUCUUCCUGAAAGAAUCUCACGCUCCAACCAUUCUCGCACGAAAAACGAAGCGCCUCCGAAAAGAAACAGGCAACCCAAAUCUCCGAUCCGCUCUUGAUAGCGGCAAGGACCCCAAAGAACUUUUCAAAGUUUCCAUUGUACGGCCUCUCAAAAUGCUGUUCCUCUCGCCCAUAGUUCUACUCUUGUCUCUCUAUAUGGCCACCAUAUACGGUUACCAAUACCUCAUGUUUACAACAUUCCCACGAGUCUUUGAAGGACAAUAUGGCUUUACAGAUAGCAGUAUCGGGCUAGUGUAUCUGGGCAUCGGGGUCGGGUUUUUAGCUAGUUUGGUUAUCAGCGGUAUGGCAUCGGACCGUCUUGUUAAGUACCUGACAGAACGCAACGGUGGAAUAGCAAAGCCAGAAUAUCGACUCCCUCUCUUGUUUGUCGGCGCAGUUCUAGCUCCUAUUGGCUUGUUUAUGUACGGCUGGACAGCAGAGGAGAAGGUCCAAUGGAUUGCUCCCAUAAUCGGCUCCGCCAUGCUUGGUGGUGCUGGGUUCUUUAUAAUAGUAAGUCGGUAUCUUGUUGACGCUUACACCAUCUAUGCUGCGUCCGCAUCUGCUGCAGCUAUCGUUUCUCGCUCACUGCUUGGUGCUUUGCUUCCAUUAGCAGGGAAUAUCAUGUACAACGCGCUUGGUAUUGGUUGGGGCACAUCACUUCUAGGCUUCAUAGCAGUGGCCUUCGCGCCAGUCCCUUUGAUCUUCUGGAAGUUUGGGGAAAGAAUUCGAAACAGCGGGCUCUCACAGGUCAAAUUCUAAUCUGAGAACUGGACAAAACUGGACGCGAGUUAUAAAUAGCAGUAUUGGUGUAUAGCGGUUUAGGACAUCUCCACUUGUAGUAUUACUUUUAUGUAUUGGUGAGAGAAGUUCAACAGAAGGUGGAUAGAGAAAUAUUUGGUAAUGAUACUU